CCCAUUGGUGCGCGCCCCCGUUGCACGCCCCAUUCACCGUGCGUCUCGUGCCCGCGCACAUACGUCUGUGCGCAGAGAGAGAGGCGAUGUCGGCCGACUGGGGUUUUAGUUAAUAUAUUUAUUUGUACGUAAAUCAUGUUUUCAAAUGCCAGUGUCUACAUUGAGCCUACCUGAUACACGUGUUACGCGGAAGCAACGAGUUCCAGAAGCAGGUAGUUUAAUAGAAAUGACCAAAGCGGAUAUUCCUGAGCCAUCCUCGGAAGGAGAUUCAGCGCUGGAUAGAUACACGAGCUUGUCCCCUGGUUCUGAGAGGCCCGUGGUUCAUCAAGUAGCUUCUCCUCCCAUGCCUGCAGAAUGCGAGUUCUCCUUCUUCGACCCCAAUGAUCCAAAGUGCCAGGAGAUCCUGUUCAGCCCUCGAACCACUGUCUCUGAGCUGUUUGCUGUCCUGAGACAAUGGGUCCCGCAAGUGCAGCAGAACAUCAGCGUGAUCGGCAAUGAGAUCCUGAAGCGUGGCUGCAAUGUUAACGAUCGAGAUGGGCUGACUGACAUGAGUUUGCUUCAUUACACCUGCAAGGCUGGAGCGCAAGGGAUCGGUGAUGCAGAGACUGCUGCCAGCUUUGCUUCCCAGUUGCUCAGCAUGGGGGCUGACCCCAGCCUGCGAAGCCGCUGGACCAACAUGUGCGCCCUGCACUACGCAGCCUACUUCGAUGUGCCGGAGCUCAUCCGGGUUGUGCUCAAGGCAUCAAGACCAGGGGAUGUUGAUGCUACCUGCAGUGACUUUGAUUUCGGCACUGCCCUGCACAUCGCUGCUUCUAACUUGUGUGUUCCAGCUGUGAAGUGUCUGCUUGAACACGGGGCCAAUCCGGCCUUCAGGAAUGACGGAGGACAGACCCCUGCGGAUGUGGUGCCGGACCCCCUCGGAAUGCCCCUGGAGAUGGCGGACGCUGCGGCGGUUGCCAAGGAGAUGAGGCAGCUGCUGCUGGACGCGGUGCCCCUGGCCUGCGACAUCACCAGGGCCAUGCUGCCCAACUACGACAAUGUCUUGGGCAAGACCCUCCUCAGCUCCCUGGGCUUCAGACUGGGUGACCGUGUCAUCAUUGCGGGGCAGAAGAUUGGCACUUUGCGGUUUUGCGGCACCACCGAGUUUGCCAGUGGCCAGUGGGCGGGGAUAGAGCUGGACGAACCGGAGGGCAAAAACAACGGGGGCGUAGGGGGGGUGCAGUACUUCAGCUGUCCUCCCAAGUACGGUAUCUUCGCCCCUCUGUCUAAGAUCAGCAAGGCUUCGGAUCACAGGAAGACGACAGCAAAAAGCUCCACAGUGAGAUCUUCUACCCCCAUCCGGUCACAGAAGAUCGACCUGUCCCACGUUACCUCCAAGAUAAACACAGGUACAUCCUCCAUCAAAAAACACACUGCAAAAAAGCCACCUGCAAACCCCCCAGCAGUAGAUAAGCCCUCCGCUACACAACCAGGUUCAGUCUCACUGCCUGGCUCCAGCUGCUGCUCCUCCUCCUCUACCUCCUCCCUAGACAACAAACCUCAGCCAAGCCCCCGGCAGAGACCGGCCCACCCCCGGCCCAGGAACCCUGUCUGGACCAAAAGGUCCUCCGUCGGCAGGACAGCGCCCUCCACUUCCAGGACCACCGCCGGUAUGCAGGCCCGCACCCCCUCCAUGGGCAGUGUGCACUCCGAAGAGGCUGACAUCCAGGUGGGGGACAAGGUGCUGGUCGUGGGACAGAGGACUGGGGUGGUCCGCUUCCACGGGAAGACCAGCUUUGCACCAGGGUUCUGGUAUGGGAUUGAGCUGGACAAACCCAGUGGAAAGAACAAUGGCUCCGUAGGGGGGGUGCAAUACUUCAGCUGUCCCCCCAAACACGGGGUCUUCGCACCCCCCUCCCGAGUGCAGAGGGUACAUGGUUCUAUGGAUUCUCUCACAGAUACCUCCUCUGCCAGACGUAAUCACUCCUUCCCAGGAAUCCGACGAAGUUUCAGCACCUCAUCGGCCAUCUCUUCACAGAGAGAGCUGAGCAGGAAGAGCCCUGUCAACAGGUCGCGGCCGCCGUUCCUGCGUCGGAGCUGGAGCAGCACUAGUGCGGGGUAUGGCGGUUUGCCACCUGUCUCCGACGGCACAGUGAAGCUGCACCAGGGCAUGCAGGUCUUCCUCGCCAGCUCCAACGAGAUAGCCACAAUCCGCUACGUGGGCCCUGCCGACUUUGCCCCGGGGGUGUGGCUAGGGCUGGAGCUGCGGGCUUCAAAGGGCAAGAAUGAUGGCUCCGUGGGAGACCGUCGCUACUUCACCUGCCGGCCCAACCACGGGGUGCUGGUGCGGCCCAGUCGGGUUACCUACCGUGGCAUUAAUGGGGCCCAGCUUGUGGACGAGGGCAGGUAGGACCAGGGGCCACUGGGCAGAGGGCAGGACACUGGAGGAGGUCAGCUUUCAUGGUUACUGAGCCAGUUGUAUCGGGAAGUUAGAUUGUGGGUUUUGUUGUCAAACACAGCGUCAAGGUCUUAUAUAACUGGAACACUGAUCGCCUGAUGUUUUCUAGAAAGCAUCCCAAGGACCACUCUAUUCUUCUAACUUCUAACUAAAUAAAAUUGUAUUGUAGACCUGGAGAUUUCUCACUAUAUCUGCCAUUAACUUCAAGUUGUGAAUUCCAGGACCCCUCUCUAGUUCUGUUGCUAAUGCAUUUGUGGGGUUUUAAAAAUGUGUAUUUCUACUUGAUGGAAUUGAGGUACUAAUGAUCAGGGUAUUUUAAGUGUCUAACAUGGUUUUACUUUCUUUGUCUUCCUCUAGCUGUCCUCUCUAUAGCAUUCAUAUCCCCUAUCCAUUUAUUAUGAUUAUUAUUUAUUUUAUUGUGAACUUUUGAGUGUUGUAACAAUCACUGCCUUUAAAACCCUUCUACCAGGUUGAUGGCUCCUACCAAGCCUAACAAACAUGCAAAAGAGCACAAUGUUUUGUCACUUUUGGCGGACAACUGCCUACACAGUUGGCUAUGAUGUUCUAAAACACAGACACAUGAAUACACAGACAUUUAGAAUUAUAAAUUGCCUUAACGGUUUAUUAGUAGCCCUUUUGCACCUUUUAGCAAUACAUUCCAAGAAAGUUAUCCUGGAUACUGGGAACUGGCUAGUGCUGCAUUGUUUGUGGUUAGUAAGCCUUGUUAACCAAGAUUAAAAAAGACUUACCACCUGUACAAGCACACAAACUAAAAAAAAAAAAAAACAGAAGAGCAGGAA